UAUUAUAUAAUUAUCACUUUUGAGGUUUCAGCCAACAACUUGAAAACUAGUACUGUUAGACACAUUUUUUUCUAACACCGAUUUUUCUCCGGAGAGUGAGCAAAAUUAAAUGCCGAUCAUCAGCCAGAAAGCUCAGACAUGGGUCGUCGUUCCGGCUGUUUUGGUUGUAAUGGCCGUAAUUACAUAUCAGAUAUUGCUUGCGCCAGAUCAUUUACAAGGCACCAAAAAUAUACUGUCUAUGGCUAAGACCAUACCUCUCCCCGUAGGUGGACCGGAGAGCAUUGAAUGGGACCCACAAGGAGAAGGUCCUUAUGCUGCGGUCGUGGACGGUCGUAUUCUUAAGUGGCGCGGUGAUGGUCUCGGUUGGGUCGACUUCGCCUACACCUCUCCUCUCAGAGGGAAUUGUUCAAGAGAUGAAGUAGUGCCUACUUGUGGAAGACCAUUGGGACUUAGCUUCGAGAAGAAAACAGGAGAUUUGUACAUCUGUGAUGGAUACUUCGGUGUCAUGAAGGUUGGACCCGAAGGAGGUUUGGCCAAGUUAGUCGUGGGCGAGGCAGAGGGUCGAAAGGUAAUAUUUGCAAACCAAAUGGAUAUCGAUGAAGAAGAAGAUGUUCUCUACUUCAAUGACAGUAGCGACAAGUAUCAUUUCAGGGAAGUAUUUUACGUGACAGUCAACGGCGAGAGGUCGGGAAGAGUUAUAAGAUACAACAAGAAGACAAAAGAGGCAAAAGUUAUCAUGGACAAUCUUCGGUGUAACAAUGGUUUGGCUAUAAACAAAGAUCGGACUUUUUUAAUAUCUUGUGAGUCUGCCACGGGCCUUGUCCAUCGAUAUUGGAUCAAAGGUCCUAAAGCCGGGACACGCGAUAUCUUCGCCAAGGUCCCGGGUUAUCCUGACAACAUUCGUUUGACACCGACGGGAGAUUUUUGGCUUGGCAUACAUUGCAAGAAAAAUCUUAUAGGGAGAUUGAUGGUAAAUAAUAAGUGGAUAGGGCAGUUGGUUGAAAAAACGGUCAAGUUGGAUUUGUUGAUUGGUUUAGUUAACGGAUUUAAGCCGCAUGGGAUCGCCGUGAAAAUCUCCGGUGAGACAGGGGAGAUUCUUGAGAUUCUUGAGGAUAGAGAAGGGAAGACAAUGCAAUAUGUAAGUGAGGCUUAUGAGAGAGAUGAUGGAAAGUUAUGGUUUGGGUCCGUUUUUACGCCUGCCGUAUGGGUUCUUGAUCGUAAGUGAGUAAACCACGUCCACGUACUUAUCUACGUGUAUAUGUAUUAUAUCAUGUGUAUGAAUCGAUCUUUGUUAACAAUAAUACGUAUCUUGUUUUGAAUCAAAAUUUAGUCUUGUCUGUAUGACAUAUGUGUAAAUGUGCACAAAUGCAUUUAAUUUCUUCA